CGGCAUCACGCAUCAUGCACACCGCUGCUGAAGGUGCCGCGUUCGUGACGGUGCGGUUCGUCCCGAUAUGCUCAUGCUUUGUGAGCCUUCCAGAAUCGUUCGUCCGAGAUCACUUGCAACACGUGAAUCCCAACCUUGGUGCAACAAUCCUUCGGCUCACGUGGCCGCGCGGUGCUUUCAUGGAGACUGCAUACGUUGGGUGGGUUGGUGGUAUCACCCAGAGUCCCGACAUGGAGCUGUCCCUCGAGUUCUCACGUUGUGUGCACCUGGCAGACGCCUUGGACGUAAUGCCUGGGCUGCGGAUCAGUGUCAGCGUCGUUCCGUCGAUCGCCGUGGCCCCUUCAAUUGAGAUGGAGCCUGCAUCACCAGACGACUGGGAGAUUAUCCAGCUGCACGCGGGAUACUUGGAGUCUGAAAUCCUGCGCCAGGUUUGCGUGGUCCAGCAAAACCAAGAAGUUCCCAUUCGUAUCCAAGAGCAUGUUGUUAUACAUUUAUUCACCAGGCUUCCCUCGGACAUACCAUUUGCGCGGCUAUCGUCCAACUCAGAGGUGUACAUCACUCCAAAAUUGCGACCGGCCACCGACGUGGACGCCCACUCGGCCGUCCAACCGCCUUCUCCCGUUCUCAAAGUGCAGCCAUCCGUUUCCUACCUCUCCAAUGGCAAUCCGGUCGACUUGAACACUGAGCAAGGCGAAAUCCUAGUGCAUCCCAUGUUGAUAGCUACAUUGGGUGGCGCCAGACACUCCUUGCUUGUGGCGUCGCUGUGGGACGACUCUGCCGAUCCAGAAACCAGGCUAUCGUGCGUGGGCCGAGUGCGAGAGUCAACCGAUAUCGCUUUCGAUUUCUGUGGCGUGUCGACUAAUAUCCAGCGAGUUCUCGGUCUGACGUGGUUAUCUCACGUUCGCAUUCGGCUACUGACGCAUGCCCCUCUUCUUCCUCUUCGCGUCCACGUGACGUCGCUGACUCCAGCGAUCACAGAUAUCGACCGGUUUCUCGCGUGGAGUCGGUCGGUUGGUCCAAGUGUGCUCUGCCGCCGAACGCUCGUCACAGUGGAAGAGAACCUCCAACUCAUAGUCACCGCACAAUUUCUAAACACCGAGGAUUCGUCUACAGCGCCAAACACCUUACGCGACGACUAUGUGAUUGUGGGCGACGGGUUUUAUGCCCCACGAACAACCGACAUCUCGCUGCAGCCCUGCACUCCGCAAGACAGCCAAGUAUUGACUGCAGUUGACCCCAACCCCCACGCCACACUCGUGCAACUUCCUGGCAUGGAGCACAUCGUCACGGCGUUGUGGAAACGUAUCUUCCCAACUCUCGGACGCGAUGGGUGCGCAAUGCGCACACGCAUGGGUGUGGGGCCUCCAGGAUCGAUCAUUUUGCACGGUCCAAGGGGCAGUGGCAAGACGUCCGUGCUGUCGGCACUGCAAUCCAAGUGCGCGCUGUCGUUUGGAGUCAUGUGUCGCACCGUUGCUGUGUCUUGUCGAGACUUGCGGGGGCUUAAGAUGGACACUGUCAAGGAGACCCUUACCGAAGCGUUUGACCAAGCAAUGCACAUGGCUCCGUGCUUGCUAACGUUGGAUGACAUCGAUGCACUGAUGCCUCCCGAAGACGACGCGAUUGCCGGCAUGUCGGAGCAAUCCCGACGUCUUGCCGAGCACCUUGCUGAUUUGAUCAAGAAAUCGAGACAUGCGAUGCACCAACACGCAACAACGUUGAGCCAAGUCGACAGCACGACGUGCAAGGCAAAAUGGCCGGUGUUUGCAGCUGCCUGUUCCAAGAAAACUGUUGCGGUGGUGGCCACCGCUCGCGAGGCCCAGUCCAUGCACCCUCUACUUCGAACUUGCGGGCUCUUUGAUCGGCCCAUACCGUUGCCGUUGCCAGACGUUGUCGCACGCGAGAACAUACUCCGUGGACUCGUCAAAGGUGCAGCUCACGAGCCUGCGGACGACCAGUUUCAACUGGUUGCACUCAAAACGGAGGGAUUCAGUGCACGGGACUUGAAUCAAGUCGUCGAUCGGGCCGUCCAUCAAGCCACGAUUCAUGCACGACACGCAUCCGGCGCCGACAAUCCUUUGGAUUUGAUGGCUGGUUUACAAGACUUUACCCCGGCGGCGCUGCGUGGCGUCGAGUUGUUCAAGAGUUCAGUCUUGUGGUCCGAUAUUGGAGGUCUCAAGGACAUCCGGCAGAUGCUCAAAGACACGUUGGAGCUGCCCACCAAGUACGGCAAGCUGUAUGCAGCUGCCCCGAUCAAGUUGCCGUCGGGGCUUCUCCUGUUUGGGCCACCAGGGUGUGGGAAGACGCUCCUCGCGAAUGCAGUGGCGAACGAAUGUGGGCUCAACUUUAUAAGUGUGAAAGGUCCGGAGGUCCUGAACAAGUACAUUGGGGCAAGUGAACAAGCCGUGCGCGAUCUGUUCAGUCGGGCCGCGGCGGCCGCCCCCAGCGUCCUCUUUUUGGACGAAUUUGAUGCGAUGGCUCCUCGCCGAGGCGCUGAUAACACGGGGGUCACUGACCGCGUCGUGAAUCAACUGCUCACAUUUCUCGAUGGGGUUGAGUCGCGGCAGGGUGUUUAUGUUCUGGCCGCGACGAGUCGCCCUGAUAUGAUCGACCCGGCGUUGCUGCGUCCGGGUCGUCUAGACAAGAGCUUGUACUGCGGCUUUCCAGAGGCAGAGGACCGGUUGGACAUCUUGAGGGCGGUCGCGCGCAAGAUGGACUUGGCGGACGACGUGUUGUUGUUGUUGCCAUCGAUUGCCCAGCACACCGAGUUGUAUUCGGGGGCAGAUUUACAAGCUGUAAGGAGAACCGAGUCGAAACAGGUCUUUGCAUGGCGAGCGUGACAAUGUGAAUCGUAGGUGAUGUACGCCGCUCAACUGGAAGCGGUGCAUGCAGCCAUUCCGUCGGUGGAUGACGACUGGGACGUUGAAUUCAAAGACACUGGUGACUCGGUGAGCUUUUCUCCCAAGACACCGCGAUCGUCCCAAAUUCGAACGUGGCAUGUCAAGAAAGCCCUCGCGGCGUCCCGUCCAUCCGUGUCGCUCGAAGCCAAGCAGCGCUACGAUCGAAUGUAUGGGUCCUUCAAGAACACGAGCCAGCCGCGGGUGACCGACUUCAAAACGGCCGAUAGUUUUGUCGCGCUUGACAGCAAGACAGCGCACCCGAUCCAGCGAUCGGCGUUGUUCUAGCGGCAUAAAGGAACUCUCAAUGGCACAGCCGCUUGUCAAAGUUGCAGUGGACGAUGCAUCCUUCGUUACGUGCGACAGCGCGUGUGGGUCAAAGUCGUUGCAAUUGACGUGGCCAACACGUUGGCC